GUUCCAAUGGAAGCGUUCUUGCUGGCAGUAAAGUUGGACAGCUAUUUGUAUACAGCCCUAGACGCGCUAGUAGAUCGUCGUGGUUUUGAUCUCGACAAUCUUUGCAAGCAGUUUGAAAGAAAAGCCGUGUUGGAGUUGACAGUCUGCGAAGAGCAAGAUGUGUUGUUUUGUGUGUCUGAUGGGCAAAUGGCUGCUCAUUCUUUGAAGGACCGACAUUACCCUGUUCUCUCGAUUCUUCAUAAGAUAAAACCAGUUCAGUGUUUUACCACUUGGUAUCGGAAGGACAGGGAUAUGAUGCACAUUUUUGUUUCCUCCAAGAAACGAUUGUAUCUGUUCAAGUGGUAUGAAAAAGACUUCCACGAGGUUCGAUUUGAGUACAACCAGUCGUUUACAGACAAGCCAGGUACCUUGAAAGUCGUUGACGACGCUUUGUUUUUGAGUUGUGGUCGUGAAUACAUCUUAAUGAAACUGAAUGAUAAGAGCAGCGAGGAAGAGGAGCUUAUGAUCGGUGAAUGUCGCCGUCUCUUCGAAUUCAGUGAUAAUGCAGGGAUUGUAAAGAUGGAUGAUCGAGAUCUUCUUGGAUUUCUUCAUGGUGAUACUGUAGUUUUGACGAAUUUCGAAGGGCAUAAAACGCCUAUGCCGGAUGUGCGAUUUAGCGAUGUAUUGACCGAUAUAGUUUACGAUUCUCCGUACCUUGUUGGAUUACUACCCAGAGGAAGAGUCGAAGUCAGAUCGUUGUCACCUACAUAUCUAAUUCAAAGCAUGGCGCUCAGCAAAGCUUCAUUGCUUUGCAAAGGGAAUCCUGGCUACGUCUUUGUGAGCAGUCCAUUCGACGUUUGGAUGUUGGAUGUUCAUGCAAAUAUCCGCAAGAAUGUUUCCCUUCUUAUCGCCGACAAGCAGUUUGAGCUGGCUAUCCAAAUUGUGGCAAAAGCUUUUCUUGGAUUUUGCAGAUUCACAUUUGAAAAUGACUAUUAA